AUGGCGGAUGAAAACCAAAAGUCAGACUUGGAAAAUCUCAUCGGGGCUAUGUUUAUAGGAGCCAGUAUAGCAAUUAGUGCGCAUUCAAGCUUAAGAAUGGCCAUAGUGCGUACAGGCACCAAGAUGAUUUACUUUCCUAUAAUCAACAUCUCAAUGCUCAUCAAUGAAUUUGCCGCAAUAUUUAUGGUUCUAUCUGACUAUGGCGUAUUGGGAAAUAAAUGGAACCUUUGGGCGCAAACCAUAAGCAACCUCGCAUAUUUUGUAGAAAAGCCUGUGCUAUUGUAUCUUGCCUUUUUACGCUGCCGGGUUGUCUUCGAACCAUAUAGAAAAUAUUAUAAAAUACAUUACUUCCUGAUCGGAUUACGCAUAAUUGAAUUAUUUAUUGUGCUCACAACGAACAUAUAUGAUAAUAUCGUGUGUGAUGGAUUAACUACAGGAUCAGCUUGUUCUCAAGUAGACACGGUUUGGAAAAUUCGUGAUGGAAUGGCUCCUAUAUUUAGAUUCUAUUAUAUUUUCUCCGAGAGUGUAUUCUACGUGAAAUUAUUUCAAACCCUGGGCCUUCGUCACAGCACCGAUUCGGAAAGUCAACGACUAUUAAGACUUCGUCGAUAUCAAACAUUAAUGUUCACCUUCGAUCUUUCAUUUUUAAUUUCAAUGAGCGUUUAUAGAAUUUUAGUCCUCGUAAAUAAUAAUUUGCCAGACUAUACUUAUAUUGAGUUGUUUAGCAGUGCACUCACUGUAUUUGUGAUGACUGAGUUUGGACUCACCAUACCAAAACUAUUUCAAUCAUCAUCCAGCAAAAAUCGGAUUAGUGCGAAUGUGACACGACAGAAUAUAAUUUCCGUUCCGCAAAGCGCGCAUUUGAGUCAAGAUACGAAAAAUCCAAAUCCAUCCGUCAUGCCUUCAUCACAAGUUAACACCUUUGGAUUGAUCAAGUCCAACAAAGAUGAGGUUUCUGCUUCUUAUACAUGUUAUGUGGAAGAUGAAAAGCCCGAGAAGUUAUAA